AACUGCGAUGACACGUGUCAUCAUCUCAAUCGUCACCCAGUCUCGCGGCCCACAGUUUUUUUUCGUCAGUCUCGCUCUAUAUCCGUAUAAUACCGUUUCGUUCUCUCGAGUCUGAGCUCUCUUCUUCACGAAUCUUCUCUGUGACGCAGCGAUCUUAAGAUAUGGCUUCACAACCGGCUCUGAUUUCUGAGACCGAUGCUUGGAAGGACUUGAAGGGUCAUGUUGAAGAAAUUAGGAUGACCCAUUUGCGUGAUUUGAUGGCUGAUGCCGACAGAUGCCGGUCAAUGAUGGUGGAAUUUGAUGGAUUGCUGUUAGAUUAUUCUCGACAGCAGGGCAACACAGAGACCAUUCACAAGCUUUUCAACUUGGCAGAGGCAGCAAAGUUGAAAGAGAAAAUCAACCGCAUGUUCAAUGGGGAUCAUAUAAACAGUACAGAGGACAGGUCGGUGCUUCAUGUUGCUCUCCGUGCACCAAAGGAUGCAGUUAGAAACUCUGAUGGGAAGAAUAUGGUUCCUGAAGUGUGGAAGGUCCUCAACAAGAUCAAGGAAUUUUCUGACAAAGUUCGCUCUGGUUCCUGGGUUGGAGCCACCGGGAAGCCACUAAAGGAUGUAAUUGCAGUUGGUAUUGGUGGUAGCUUCCUAGGUCCUCUGUUUGUUCACACGGCUCUUCAAACAGAUCCCGAAGCUAUAGAAUGUGCAAAGGGACGUCAGUUGCGCUUUCUUGCAAAUGUUGAUCCUAUUGAUGUGGCUAGAAAUAUCACUGGCCUAAAUCCAGAAACCACUCUAGUUGUGGUUGUCUCAAAAACUUUUACUACGGCUGAAACGAUGCUGAAUGCUAGGACACUGAGGGAAUGGAUUACAGCUGCUCUUGGGGCUGAUGCAGUCUCAAAACACAUGGUUGCUGUCAGCACUAAUCUUACGCUUGUGGAGAAGUUUGGUAUUGAUCCAAACAAUGCGUUUGCAUUUUGGGACUGGGUUGGUGGAAGGUAUAGUGUUUGCAGUGCUGUUGGAGUCUUGCCUUUGUCUCUACAGUAUGGGUUCUCCGUAGUUGAGAAGUUCUUGAAGGGGGCUUCAAGUAUUGAUCAACAUUUUUAUUCAACGCCAUUCGAGAAAAAUAUACCUGUGCUCUUAGGGCUAUUGAGCGUAUGGAACGUUUCAUUUCUUGGAUAUCCUGCAAGGGCCAUCUUACCUUACUCCCAAGCCCUGGAGAAAUUUGCCCCGCAUAUUCAACAGGUUAGCAUGGAGAGUAACGGAAAGGGAGUGUCGAUUGAUGGAUUACCACUCCCAUUUGAGACCGGGGAGAUUGAUUUUGGUGAACCUGGAACAAAUGGUCAACACAGCUUUUACCAACUAAUUCAUCAGGGGCGCGUUAUCCCUUGUGAUUUCAUCGGCGUUGUAAAGAGUCAGCAACCUAUUUAUCUGAAAGGUGAGGUUGUCAGCAAUCAUGAUGAGCUCAUGUCCAACUUUUUCGCUCAACCUGAUGCUUUAGCUUAUGGAAAAGCACCUGAAGAGUUGCGGAAGGAGAAUGUGGCGGAGAAUCUCAUUCCUCACAAGACGUUUUCCGGUAAUAGGCCUUCUCUCAGCCUCUUACUCCCGGCAUUGAACGCGUAUAACGUUGGGCAGUUGCUGGCGAUAUAUGAACAUAGAGUUGCCGUUCAAGGCUUUGUCUGGGGCAUCAACUCGUUUGAUCAGUGGGGAGUAGAGCUCGGAAAGUCUCUGGCUACUCGGGUGAGAAAACAGCUUAACGCCUCGAGGACGGAAGGAGCAGCCAUCGAUGGAUUCAAUUUCAGCACCACGACGCUCUUGCAGCGAUAUCUCGAGGCAAGCUCUGAUGAUAAUCAAGCUUGAUCCUCCCAUAACUCUGCCACAGGUAUGAGUUUCAUUUUCAGAUCUGACAAAAGCUUUUAUUAGUCUUCGUCUUCAUGAAGAACUCUCUUUUCUUAAUUUUAUGUUGUUUUUCACUGUUCACAAUGAAAUCGUGGGCAAGAUUUGGAUCAAUUUAAUAAUAAUAUCAUCCCAAAUGAUA